UGAAGUGCCACUAAAUCUGCGGUCAGCUGACUCGGCUCAGCGCGCUGCUGACAGGCUGCGGCGCAGGGAAGUCUGUGGUCAGCUGACUGCGCUCCGAGAUCAGCUGAUGGCUUCCAGCCCUGGCGUGGGUGAGGGGUCCCGUGCCCGGCGUUGCAGAGUCAGCAGGAAACCAUGAGGUUCCGGUUCUGUGGAGACUUGGACUGUCCCGACUGGGUCCUCGCCGAAAUCAGCACCUUGGCCAAAAUAUCCUCGGUGAAGCUGAAGCUCAUCUGUGGCCAGGUGCUCAAGGACCUGCAGGGCGAGGGAAUUGAUUAUGAAAAGAUCCUGAAGCUAACGUCGGAUGCCAAGUUUGAGUCUGGGGAUGUGAAGGCCACUAUUGCCGUGCUCAGCUUCAUCCUCUCCAGCGCGGCCAAACACAGCGUAGACAGCGACUCUCUGUCCAGCGAGCUGCAACAGCUGGGGCUGCCCAAAGAACAUGCCACAGGAUUGUGCCGGUCCUAUGAGGAGAAACAGAGCCCCCUACAGGACAGCCUGAGGGCACGCAGCCUGAGAUUGAACCGUCUGGACUCUGUGUCCUGGAGGGUGGAUCACACACUCAGCUCCAGCGAGCUCCAGCAGGUCAACGAGCCCCUCGUGCACCUGAAGUUCACCGUGCGAGACGGGGACCGAGGCGGGACGGAGCCCUUUGCCAUGACCAUGUCAGCAGAGAAGUUCCGGGUCUUACUGGCAGAGCUGAGACAGGCCCACGCCAUGAUGAAAACUCUCAGCUGAGGAGGGCAGCGAGCGUGGAAGGAGCCAGCUGAUUGUGCAGAGGCCCAUCGGAGAGUCUGGUGGGUGCGGUUCCUCCGCUGGGGAAGCCCCUCGCUGCACACAACUGCAGACACUGCCUGGGCAGAGGUUGGACUGGGCUCUCUCCUCCCUUCUCAGAUCCCUGCAGCUGAAACUGAUGACUGCUCUUCCCACUCUUGCUGGCUGCUGUCUCCGCUGCCCACCUCUCUUGCUGUCUCCUGCCUGCCCCUCCUCCAACCUGCCUACAAGCCCUUGUGCUUCCAGGACCCCCACCCCAGGACCCAUCCCCAGAGCAAUGGUGGAUGUGGGGGUUGGUGGCUUCUGCAUCUGCUAACGAGAUCUCCACCUCGAGACCAGCUUCAGCUCGGAGUUCCCAUAACAAAGGUGUACAAACCCUUGGGCCAUGCCACCGUGUUACAUACACACACACACACACCUCCGGAGAAUACCCAGGCCUGCCGGCUGGAGGCUAAUUUAACACUGAAAGACCCUGAAAUCCCCUGCCCAGCCCUUUGUUGGUAGCUCUGUUCCUGAACAGCUGCAGGGAGCUGAUCUGCCCUUUUGCUUCUGCCUGAAUUGUCUCCUGUGGCUACUCCAGGGCAGGCGCGCGGGUUCCCAUGUCUCCUCUGGAGACGUAGCGUGCUGCAGCCCACCAAACGCUGCGGCUAGGCCAGCUCCACAUCACCUGUUGACUGAACUCCUGCAGCAAUCCGGGAUGGCUGGGGCAACUCUCCCAGUCGUACAUAAGAGGUUGGGAAGUUUCACCAGCUGAAGCAGGUGGAGUGUUCUCUAGUCCCUUCUUGCUCCCCCGCAUCCCUCCCCUAAAAAGCACUUUGCCACUGUUCUUUCCACUUCCUCUAAAGGAGCCUCUUGCCUGUGGGGGGGGUAGAAAAGCUGCAUUUAUCUUUCCUUCUCCACCCCCAGCCUCCCCCUUCCGCACCUACCACCUUUUCAAGGGCAGCUCAGUGCAUGGAAUAAAGGAUCAGCAGGAACAUGCAUCUGUGAAUCUCUCCAUGCGUUUCCGGUUGGCCUUGGCACAUGAAGCCAGUUAUAUGUAGUUUCCUGUUUUGCCAGCGGGAUCCAAUAAAGCCACGUGGUUAACAAAG